UGAGAAUCAGUGGGACAUGUCGACCCUGCGCUUUGGACAGCAUAUCAUCAAGGCCUCGGCUGUGUUCCUGCAGACGGAGCUGUCCUUCGCUCUGGUCAACAGGAAGCCUGUGGUGCCCGGACAUGUGUUGGUGUGCCCUCUAAGACCAGUGGAGCGUUUUCGGGAUCUUCAGCCAGAUGAGGUGGCAGAUUUAUUCAGCACCACUCAGAGAGUCGCCAACCUCGUGGAGAAGCUCUUCAAUGCCACGUCGCUCACCAUUGCCAUCCAGGUAAAACACACUUCAUACGUAGUAAGUUUGUAGUAAGGAGUUAGACAC